ACAGCCAUCGAGUAAAAUCAACAUAAUACAAAACAAAAGAAUUCCAAGUCUCUUACGGCUCGUAAGAUUGUUUUGCAGAAUCAUGGCCGCCGCUACUGCCUCUGCCGUGGCUCCCGUCGCGAAGAAGAAAGCUGCUGGGGCUAAGAAGCCGAAAUCUGCUUCUUCUCAUCCUCCAUUUCUCGAUAUGAUUUCGGAUGCAAUCCUUUCGUUGAAAGAGAGAACCGGAUCGAGCCAGUAUGCAAUUGCGAAAUUCAUUGAAGAAAAGUAUAAGCAAUUGCCCUCGAAUUUCCGAAAGAAUUUACUUGUUCAGUUGAAGAAGUUCGUUGCUUCUGGAAAGCUCGUCAAGGUCAAAGCCUCCUACAAGCUCCCUGCGGCCUCCGCCGCUGCCAAGAAGCCUGCAGCCGCGAAGCCUAAAGCUGCCACCUCCGUUACUGUGAAAUCGAAGCCAAAGGUAGUGGUAAAAUCUGCUGCAAAACCGAAACCGAAACCGAAAGUUGCAACUCCUGUUAAGUCAAAGGCUAAAGUUGCGGCGAAACCUAAGGCUAAGGCUAAAGCUAAAACUAAAGCAGUGACUAAGCCAUCUAAGGCGGCGAAGACGGCCAAAACAAGUACGCCGGCGAAGAAGAAUGCCGUGAUGGCGAAGAAGCCUAAGAGCGCGAAAUCGCCGGCUAAGAAAGCGGCCAAGAAGGCGAAGAAAUGAGGUGGAUUAUUUGUUUGUUUGCAAGGAAGUUGUAAUUUUGGUGGGGAAAUAGGGGUAGUUUUGGAAUUGUGGACUGAUACGUCUAUAUAAAUAUUUAUCUAGUGUAUUUUUUGUAGGUUGUUUUUAUGACUUCAUAAAUUAUGGUGUAAUCUGAGCUUUGACGAGGUAG